AUGUCUGUCUUCUCUGUUGACCCGAAAGCAGGCACUGCCGUGACCACGGAAGUUCUGGAUGAAGUCUGUAAGAGCUUGGGUGUUUCGAUCAAGGAUGAAGAGAAGGAAGAUUACAGGAAGCUGCUCGCAGUCUUUGAUGAGAGUGCACGAGAGGUGAUGGAGAUGGAAGACUACAUCCCACCCGUCGACCUCGAACGCUUCCCUCGAAACGACGUCAAGCAAAUCUCCGAGUCCGAAAAUACACAUGGAGCCUGGGCAUGGCGAUGUAGUAUCGAAGAUACCAAGUCCAACAGCGGCAUUCUCGCCGGCAAGACAGUAGCAUUGAAAGACAUGAUCAGCGUGAAAGACGUCCCUAUGCUCAUGGGUACCGAGUUUGUAACAGGCUUCACGCCGAAUAUGGAUGCUACAGUCACAACACGAAUCUUGGAAGCUGGUGGGCAUAUCCUGGGCAAGACGGUUUGCGAGAACUUGUGCCAUUCGGCAACGAGUCAUUCUGCCGGCACGGGUAUUGUUGAGAAUCCGUACGCGAAGGGGUAUAGUGCGGGAGGCAGCAGUAGUGGAAGUGGAGUGCUGGUUGCUCUGGGUGAAAUCGAUCUGAGUAUUGGGGCAGAUCAGGGAGGUUCAGUCCGGAUUCCCAGCACGAAUAGUGGUGUUGUUGGACUGAAGCCGACGUUUGGGUUGAUCCCUUAUACAGGAUGUGGUAGCAACGAAGCGACAAACGAUCACCUGGGUCCAAUGACCAGAACCAUUCUCGAUAACGCCCUACUUCUCCAAGCCAUCGCCGGCUCAGACAACAUCGACGACAGGAGCUUCGCUGCAGGCAAAUCUUCAGCUCUUCCGAAGUACUUCGAUAGUCUCAACUCCCUCCAGAAUGCAGACAGCCUCUGUGGCCUCAAGAUCGGCAUCAUCUCAGAAUCGCUCGAUAUCCCCGUGCUCGACCCAAGAGUCAAGGAGUGCUUCCUCUCCGCCGCAGAAGGUUUCCGCAAACUGGGUGCCACAGUCACCGAGGUCUCAAUCCCAAUGCACACCAAAGGCUCCAAUAUCUGGACAGGCGUCUCCAAAGUCGGCGGCUAUCUCACCAAGAUGAACGGCUACAACGGCCGCCGCGGCCACGCCAUGCACGAACUCAACCACCUCUUCCUGGACGCCAUCCGCAAGCAAGAGAACUGGGACAAAGCCUACGUCGCCUCCAAAAACAUCUACCUCAACGGCGCCUACGCCGAGAAGCAAUACCCCUCACUCCAAGGCAAAGCCACGAACCUCUCCCGCAAACUCCGCGACUCCUACGACGCCGUCCUGCAAGACUUCGACGUCCUCAUCACACCUACCCUCCCUUACGUCGCCACCACACACGCCGAGAAGGACGCCACGCCGCUGGAGCAGAUUAAGAAGCAGGUUGGUCUCGUGAGCAAUACGUGCCAGUUCAACCAGACCGGUCAUCCGGUGCUGGCGAUGCCGAUUGGGAUGUUGCCGCCGACUGAGGGGCCUGCGGUCGGGAAGGAGGGCGUUAAGUUGCCGGUGGGGAUGCAGGUUAUUGGGAAGUGGUGGGAUGAGGAGAUGGUUUAUCGGGUGGGGUUUGCGUGGGAAAGGGGGAAUGAUUGGAAGAUGCUGUGA